AUGGAGUUCCCGGCCGUGCUCUUCCCCUCGUAUUUCGCCGCCGGGCCGCCCCGGGAGGAGGCGGGAGGCCCCGCUCCGGCCGCCGGCUGGGGCGAGCGCGGGCAGGUGCUGGAGGCCGCCCCCGGUCGUCGCCAGGCAGAGGCAGCGUUCGUGCCCCGCCGCGGCGGGACGGCCGAGAGCUGGAAACCCGCGGACGCCGCCGCCGUGCCCGUCCUGCCUCCCAACGCGAGCUGCUGGAUCCCCUCGCUCACACCUCGGGACAUCCUCUACCACGGCAUCCUGCGUGGGAAGCUCCGGGCAGGCAGGUCUGGAGCCACCCUGGACUUCACCAAGCAGCUGGGGCAUUUCUUUGUGGAUCACCCAGAAGAUGCGUUUGGCUCCCUGGGGCAGUUGCUGCACAAGAACUUUUACCUGGGAAACUCCAAGCUGAGGAGACGAGCCCGGGACAGCACCAUCCGGAUGACAGCCUUAGUAGAGGAAAUUGACCGUCUGGAGGCCAGGCGCGGCUGCCCCCAGCAGCGCAUCGCCCCCCGGCUGCGCUGGUUCUCCCACCUCAGCCGUGACUGGCUCUUCGAGGUACCACUGGGGCUGCUGGCGGACUGCGUGCACGAGGAGCUGCUGCAGCAGUGGGCCAACCUACUCUUCGAUGACAGCCCUACAGGGGGGGCACUGGCCUGGCUGCCCCCUGAAGAUGCAGAGGGACGUGAGGGCCGCCUGGUGUACCCCGGGGGUCAGGCUAUGAACCACCUCUAUUUCCAGGAUGUGGUGCUGGAGGAGCUGCCACGCGCCCGGGGCUCCCCAGCGCAGUUCGAGCUCAACGGCUGGAUCCAGCAAGUGUCUGCUGCUCGGGUGGAUGGGGAAGAUUUCAUCGGCAUCCGCUCAGACUACCACUGCGGUGUUUGGCGGGUGCCAGGCAGGACAGGGGCGGCCCCCGCCCCACUGCAGGUGAUCCGCACCAGCAAGCCUGCCUCCUGCGUCACCGUCAGCCCUCACCUCCCCGGGGAGCUGGCUGUCUGCACCCAGAGCGGAGCCGUCUACCUCUGGAGCGUCGAGACAGGGCUGCAGCGGCUCCGCAGUGACCCCCAGACCAUGUUUUUUCGGGACCAUUCACCCUGGCGCUGGAGCGACUUUACUGCCCACCCGCGGGUGCUGAGCUGUGCCGACCGCACUGGCCUGCAGUGCCUGGAUGCCCGGGCCCCCGAGAGAUGCCACUUUGACUUGUUCAAAGUGGGUGAGGAAUCCAGCUGCCAGCAGGGUGAACGCGUGGUGCUGCCCAUGUACCUGGGCAGGGCUCACCCCUCCCAGCACCUCAUCACCACCCAGUUCUCCGUGUACGUGCUGGACGAGAGGUUACCACUGGUACCCGUGCUGAAGUGGGCACACAUGAUGAAAGCCCCUCCUCUCUUUGCCCAUCUGACACCGGGGGGCCCCAGGAGGACCCAUAAGGUGCUGCUCGGUGCAUCCCAAACCCAGGAGCUGUUGCUGCUGCAAUACCAGGGGGGCAGCCGGUCAGCCUGCCAGCUAGUGGGGACUCCACAGAAGCUGCACAGCAUGGCCGGCUGCCUGCAGCACCUGCCUGCGCAGCUCCCACACCGUCACCACCUGCUCCAGCAGCGCCUCAGCGCCGCGGCUGCAGGACUGGCUGCUGUGCUGCAGAAGGACAGGCUGCACGAGUCCCUAGUGGUUUUCCAGCUCUCCAAGGCCGGAGAUGUCUUCUGCCAGAGGCUGACCCAUGAAGCAGCCCAGCCACCUGCACCUGCCUUGAGGGAUGAGGCCACGACAGCCCCCGGCUCUUCCCCUCUCUUUGAUGACCCAGCCAGCAGCCCACUUGGCUUGGGAAGUGAGGAGGAAGAAAAGGCAGAAGAGGAAGAGCAGGAAGAGGAAACUUUCUACUUGUCCAACUUGGAGGUGAUUAUCAAUGAGGAGGAAGAAGAGGAAGACAUGGGCACGCCAGCAGCCCCAGAGGAAGCUGAUCUGCCCCAGGAGCCCUGUUCCAGCCCCCAGCCUCCCCCUGCGGACCCCAGCCCGGCUGUGGCUCUGCGGUACCGCCGCUGGCUGAGGGCUCUUUCCAAGUGCUGCAGGAAGCCCCCCAAGCACACAUGGCCCCCCACCCUCAGCCAGAGGCGCCUCUUCACUCGCAAGGACCUCAGGGCAGCGUCGGAGCCCAGUGCCCUGCACGACCAGGCGCGGCAGCAGAUGCGUCAGGCCAUGCGCAAAGGGGGACGCAUCCAGCACUGGGACACCUUGGCCCCCCACCCCCCCGCCCCACCACAGCCCUCAGCACUGUCAGGGGGCCCAGAUCCACUCAGCGCCCGGCUGACAGUGGCUUGGUCAGGGGACUGGGAACAGUGGUGGGAGGAGAGGUCGAGCUUCAGCGUGGCGCAGAGGCAGCGGGCGCUGCGGGAGCGGCGGCGGCGGCAGAAGCGAGCCCGGGGCCGGCGCAGCCUUUCGGCCAGCUUCACCUCCUCCCUCACCUACCAGUCAGAGCUGUCAGAGCUGAGCGACGGGGCCCCCCAGCCACCGUCCCCCAGCUGCCCCCGGGAGGGCUCUCCCCCCAGGGCCAAUCCCCCAGCAUCCCCGCUGCCCGACGAGGCCCUGCUCUCCUCUCAGACCCUGCGCCAGCGCGGCAUCCCCAAGGAGCGUCGGAAGACACUGCGGGACUACCUGGGGGUGUGGGCCGAGGGCCCCCCCGAGCCCCCGGAGUUACCUAGCAGCCAGGCCAGUCAAGCCUGCAUCCCCUCCUCCCAGAGCCAACUGUCCUCCGCGUCCCAGCCCCGUCGCAAGCGGCCGCGCAUGGGCUUCUGA